ACCAAGUCCUAACAAUUCCUAACAAUUCCUAACAAAGUCCUAACAGUUCCUAACAAGUCCUAACAAGUCCUAACAAGGUCCUAACAGUUCCUAACAAAUCCGAACAGAGUCCUAACAACAGCGUGGCAAAAGAGCCAAUCAUAUGCUUCAAAAAAAUUGCCGCUCCAAGGGGGGCAAAAGAGCCAAUUAUAUGCGUCGAAACAGGUGCCCCGUGCAAACAGUGUUCUGAUAGGUUACUGACGGAGACGAUGUUACAGUUCAUCCUCAGGUAACUGUAUUUAAUACCGUCGGCGAAUAUCUCUAGACACUAAAAGUAAGUAGAACUUACUAAAUUAUCUGAAUAUAAUUAUAAAUCACUGAAGUGAAAUCGUAAAAGUAUUUGUUGUUUUUGUAAAUAAUUCUGCUCUGAUAAACGUUGGAUGUUUUUCGUGAAGUUUGAUAAGACGGUCACAAAACCUUUAGGGAUAAUGCUAAUCGCUAUAUUAAUUAUUUUCUUUACUUGACGUUUUUAAGUGUCUUUUGUGUGUCUGUCUUUGGUUCAUCAAAUUAAACUAGAACAGAGAUGCUCAAAUUUGUGUCUGUGUCGAGUGUUUAUGUCGCUGUUAAGUUUGAUAAGACGGUCACAAAACCUUAAGGGAUAAUGCUAAUCGCUAUAUUAAUUAUUUUCUUUACUGGACGUUUUUAAGUGUCUUUUGUGUGUCUGUCUUUUGUUCAUCAAAUUAAACUAGAACAGAGAUGCUCAAUUUUGUGUCUGUGUCGAGUGUUUAUGUCGCUGUUAAGUUUGAUAAGACGGUCACAAAACCUUAAGGAUAACGCGGUUAAUUAUUAUUUAAUAUGACAUGUAUACUAUUUUUAACAAAAUAUGUUGUCAAUAGAUAGAUAGUCACAAAAAAUGACUAAUAUCUAAUCUUUUACACCUCAUGAGUUCUCAUGAAAUUAGUACUUUAAUUAGUAAUAUCCUAUGAGAAUAUGUUUUUUGUUAUAUUUAUUUCUAAAUUUAAAUUGUAUGCGUUUUUCAUUGUACUGAGUAAGACCAUAUGCUGUAAACAUCUUGUUCUAUUCUUUGACCAUUUAAGUACAAAUCGUUGAAAUACCCAUUAUUACAGUGUAGUAGAGUAUUACAUUAUUAUUCAUAUGAUCUUUUUUGUAUAAUAUUAGUCUUUCAGACAAAACACUGGUUACACCACUUGACCAUAACGUCUGCAGCAAUAGGACAAGAGAUCGAAACAGAAAAUAGCCAUCAAGAUGCCAAAGCAAGGAAAGCCAGAUUCAUUCUGGACCGGCGUCAUGAUGCUGUUUGCCCAGGGGAAAUAUAAAUUUUCCACUGGCCAGAGACCCGGGAGCAGACGUUGGAAGGCAGUGUUAGAGAGGAUAAAGAAUUGUCCGCUGACCCCUGCAUAUGGCCUAACGGUCAGAAAAAAAGAUAUUUUUGGGAAAAAUAUUCCCUGCAAAUGUGGCUACCAUGAUUCAGGACAGCACACAGGGACCGCAGCAGGUCCGCAGCAGACAGGGACCGCAGCAGGUCCACAGCAGACAGGGACCGCAGCAGGUCCACAGCAGACAGGGACCGCAGCAGGUCCACAGCAGACAGGGACCGCAGCAGGUCCACAGCAGACAGGGACCGCAGCAGGUCCACAGCAGACAGGGACCAGUGGUAAUACAAUGACAUGCUCCCUUUGUGCUCAGGAAGUGCUCUCUGACCAGUUUACACAGCAUCUGUCAGACUUCCAUGUCCAAGAGGAGUGUGAGCACUGUGGCACAAAGGCCAUGGGUGCUGUCAGGUUAUCAGAGCACCUUGAGAAGUGUCAUGUCUUAACCUCACCUUCAGCCCAUCCCUCCACUACCCCAGCCCAAGAGAUGACACCGACACCAAUCGUCUCUCCCCGAGAUGCUCCAGCUACAGUCUGCCUCACAGCCCAGGAGACGACACCAACCAUCUGUCUCCAAGUUGCUCCUGCUCCUACCCCUCCAACCCUAUCUGAGAUGGCACCAGCGACUCAGAGUGGCACACCACUUCCAUCUUCUCCUGCUUCUGCUCCUCCUCCAGCAGCACCAGGACUACCAGUCCCUCUGCGCUUUCCAGAGGUAAGCCGGGCCAGGUUUUUACCAAAGCCAUUCCUCCGGGUCAUCAAGCCAGGUGAUUUGGAGUGGAUUGCCCACAUUCUCUAUGACGCAAGAGGGCAGCUGAAACAGAAUGUCAGGGAAAAUUGGCACCACCCCCCAAGCCCAAUCAGAUCUGUGGCACCUCCAAACCCACACGAUUACUUUCGUCAGAGGAUGUUCCUGUGGGCACCAAUGCGCAUGUGGGGCAUACCUUUGAAAUGUAAUCAGUGCAACCGAAAGAUGCACCACUCUGGCAUUUACACCAAGGUCAGAGAGGUCAUUGAUGUGGACAGCAAGUACUAUUUAAUAGGGGGAGAUUACCCAAGGUGCAGCCAGUGCAAACUACCUGUCUGUCCUUGGAGUAGUGAUAUUUUAAAGCAACUGGACCCCUCUAACCGCAACAAAUUCCCUGCUGUGUUGACUACACAUUUGGCACUGGACAGAAAAUGUGUGACACUUUUGCGUCCUAGAACAGCAGGGAAUAGCUCCAGUUACCUGCAGCAGGCCUUUCAAGAGGCACACAGUGAGGAGUGGGCCAGGAGAUCCUGUGACUAUUUCACAGAUUGUGAAAUUCACAAAAGAUCCUGCCUGAAGCAGUCCCAGGCUGUUUAUUCCCCGCCACCACCCUUCAUUCCCUUGCCCCUGGCCCAGUGGUUUGAGACAGUGCAUGCCAACGAUGUUGUCGGCCACCUUGAUGAACUCAAAGGUGUCAUCACUUCAACGUUUGGCAGAAUUCUGAAGCUCGAUUCCACUAAGAAGGUGACCAAAAAACUGGCUGGUGGUAUUGAGAACACGGCAACAUGGAUGACCAAUGUUGGGAACGAGUAUGGUCAGGUCCUCAACUCUGUCCUCACAACCGGCGAGGGGGCUGGACUGGAUGACCUGUGCCAAGGGAUCGUCCAACGGUACAGGGAUGCUGGUGAGCCACAGCCAGCCGCCAUCUAUGUGGAUAGAGACUGUUGCAGUGACAGAGGGGUGAGCCCAGUUCUCCAUUGGUUUCGGCCAUGGACGUCCACUGUGCGGUUGGAUGUGUUCCACUUUAUGAGGCGAUUCACCAAAGGUCUCAUCACGGAACACCAUCCUCUCUAUGGUACGUUCUGCUCCAAAUUGUCGAGCUGCAUUUUUGAGUGGGAUUACCAGGACAUCAGUAAUCUGAAGGAGGCGAAGCGGUCAGAGCUGAGGCAAAAGCAUCAGGGCUAUGAGCCAACAGAUGCCCAGGUGUUGGCGAGCAUCAGCCCUAAAGAACUAGCCAAGCACUGCCGCAGGAAAACCCGGGGAGUGGAGGAGACCCGUGCCCUCAUCAAAAGUCUCCUUGACUCCAUGUGGAACCUUGUGGACGGCACUGGGCUACACCUUAUUAACCACGAGCGCAUGUCUGAAGUGUGGAAGGUACAGCAAAAACACCUUGCCUGCAUCCAGGAUCCACCAGGAGUGCAGCUUUAUACUAACAUUGGGUCAGGGCUGGAGAAAGGAGACAAGACACUGGAUGUUCUAAGAUGCGCCAGAGGGUCCUCCUCUUUGGAAAGCUUUCAUAAGCACCAGUGUGCUUUCAUUCCAGGGUGGAGAUGCAAUGCAUUGCACACUCAGAUGUACAUGCUUGAGGGUGUGUCAAGGUGGAAUUUAAACCGGUCAGCACAAGCACUUUCAAUGACUGAGACAUCCAGGACAAAGCUGUAUGACAUUCGUUUGAUGUCCAAUGUAAAUGCGCUCAGCAACAAAGUCUUGGGAAAACCUCUUCUUCCAGAGUUUAUCCCCCCUGGGAAACCUACAGGAGAGCGAAUUGCUGUUGAAUAUCUUCUGGCACAAUCCAACAGAGGAGAUCUUCUGAGCCAGCAGACUGGUAAUGCUGACAUCCUGCCUGAGAUCUUGGAUGAAGACCUUGAGGAUGAAUGUCCUGAUGUGACCGUACCACAGGCUCAUGACCUCACAUUGCAGACUGAAGAGCGUUAA